AAGUAAAGAAAAUAAAUAAAUAAAAAACUUAUAGAAUUAAUUCAACAAUUUCAUGAAAUAAAAUAAUAAUAAUAAAACCCAGAAAAGAAGAAUUUUAUUUGUGAAAAAUGACGUGGCAUUAGGACCUAAACAACCGUACGGAUGUAGCUGAAAUGUCCAAAAUUUCCUUCAUCUAUGGAUUGGUCUCCAUCAUUUCCCAAAUUUCCCUCCAUAACUGCAGUAGACUAGGGUUUGGUUUGUCUCAAUUGGAUUCGCAUACCUACUAUUAAAUUAAUCCUUUGAUUCCACUCUCAAAAUUCUCGAUCCCAAGUCAGACAGAGUCUAAUGGAAGUGGUCCCAGCCUCAACCUCUUCUGCUGCCGCGGGAGGUGGAGGUGGAGGUGGAGGCGGCGGAGGGCCAGCGCCUUUCUUGUUAAAGACUUACGACAUGGUGGAUGAUUCGUCUACGGAUGAGAUCGUGUCGUGGAGCUCCAACAAGAACAGCUUCGUGGUUUGGAAUCCUCCAGAAUUCGCGCGACUCCUCCUUCCUACUUACUUCAAGCAUAACAAUUUCUCCAGCUUCAUCAGGCAAUUAAACACCUAUGGAUUCAGAAAGAUUGAUCCUGAAAGAUGGGAAUUUGCCAAUGAAGAUUUUGUGAAAGAUCAAAAUCAUCUUCUCAAAAAUAUCCACAGAAGGAAACCAAUUCACAGUCAUAGUCACCCUCAGGGGUCUUUGGUGGAUCCUGAAAGAGCAGCAUUUGAGGAAGAAAUAGAUAGGCUUGCACGAGACAAAGCUGCACUUGAGGCAAGUGUUGUAGUGAGCAAGCAGCAGCGGUCAGCUGAAAAGCUUCAGUUGGAAGAUCUAACUCAGCGGGUGGAUAGUAUGGAGCAGAGACAGGAAAAAUUGAUUACUUGCUUAGAGAAGGCAGUUCAGAAGCCUACUUUUAUUGAACAUCUUGGUCGAAAAAUAGAUUCUAUGGAUUUUUCUGCAUAUAAUAAGAAAAGAAGACUGCCUCAAGUUGAUCCCUUAAAGUCAAUUGCAGAAAAUAGUUUUGUGGACAAUCACAGUUGUUCUAGACCUGAGUUCGGGAAUGUUAUCCAUCAAGAUUUCUCAAAUAAGCUGAGACUGGAAUUGUCAACAGCUGUUUCAGAUGUUAAUUUGGUCUCAAAUAGCACACAGAGUUCCAAUGAAGAUGGGGGAAGUCCACAGAGAAAAAUAGCUGAAGUAGACCCAAAAGAUGCACCAACAGGAACAUCAUGUCUGCUAUUUGCAGCUGAAACAUUUGAACUUUCAGAUACUGGGACAUCUUAUACAUUUAAAGUGGAUCCAUCUUUCCCAAGAAAAGUGACAGUGAAUGAAACCCCAGGACUGCAUUUGCUGCAGCAGAAUUUGACUUCUAAUGAAGAAGUUGACGGCCAUAUUUCUUGCCAUCUAAAUCUAACUCUGGCAUCUUCUACACUUCAAGUCAAUAGGAGUCCUUAUCCAGCUAGGAUGCCUGAACUACAUCAGGAAAUUUGCAAAUCUGCCAAAUCAAAGUUCAAUGACAAUGGUAAAGAAUCUGAUAUGAUGGUUACCUCAAAGGUCAGGAAUGCAGGUGAUGAGGAUACAAUUUUAUCUUCCUCAAAGGAAGCCCCAAGUAGCAAUCAAGGGCCUGCAGCUGCUCCAGCUCAAGUAAAUGAUGUAUUUUGGGAACAAUUCCUAACUGAAAGACCAGGCUCUUCUGAAAAUGAAGAGGCAAGUUCUAAUUCUAGGUCAAAUCCAUAUGAUGAGCAGGAAGAUCGAAGGUCUAGCCAUGGAGUAGUGAGAAACGUUAAAAAUGUGGAGCAUCUGUCUCUUUGAGCACUAAUUUUGUUGUAAAAGCCUGUGACAAGUUUGUAAAGUGUUCUCCCAGAACUUUCAACGAUUUAUAUAUUCACUACAUUUGAUAACAAUGUAUGUCAUCACUAGAUGUAACUUAUGACAUAACUAGAUGUAACUUAUCUUUUUGGUUUAAAUAUGAUAAUGUCAAAAUGUUACCGUUC